AAUUAUAAUUUUAUAUGUUUGAGUACAUGUCUUAUGUUUGAUAACAUAAUAAUAUCUUUUACUUGCUUAUAAAUAUCUAUUAAAGCGAAGUAUAAGUUGAUUUUAUCUGGUUUUUUAAUAAAUCAAUAAAAAUAGCAUUUGUUAUGAUAUUGUUCAAUUAUAGAUAAACUUACAAUAAAGUGUAAUAAUAAUGUUUAGUUCCUAAAUCAUUUAUAACUUAUACAAGGUACGUGUGAACUUUCCUCGCACCAAUUAUGAUUAUUGAUAAUACUGAAGCUCUAAAAUCAUGGUUAACUUCUUGUUUAAGUCGUAUUUGUGAUGCUGAUCCCGCUGCCCUGGCUAAAUAUGUUUUAGCUCUAGUAAAGAAAGAUAAACCUGAAAACGAACUCAGAGAGUUUUGUUCUGACCAAUUAGAUGUUUUUCUGUUGAAAAACACUAAAGUUUUUGUUGAUUUAUUGUUUGAAGCUCUGAAAACCAAGUCUUACCUAAGUUCCCCUACUGAAACGCCAGCCGUUGAUGCCAAGAGUACCCCUAGUCCAUUAGCUAUUAAUACUGUUACAAAAACUCCUCCUAUUUCUACUGAGUAUACUAGCAUAAAUGAAACUGUAAAAAAUGUUAAAAAAGAAAUUGAGGCUCAGCUAAAGGAAACUUCAAAUUCUGAUCAUUCAAACAGAUCCAGAUCAUCAUUUAGAACAAACAGAAGGAGCAAAUCACAUAGCAGAAGUCCUAUUCGAAAAUCCAGUAGGCAUAGAGACAGGAGUAGAAGUAGGGAGGGUGAUUAUAGCCACAAAAGAUUAAAUAGUGAUGACGAUGAAGAUCGUUCAAAAUCACAUUCUUACCCAUCUAAAAAACAGAAGUUGAACAAAACUGGCCGAAAUGAGUAUUAUUCUAAGCCUACUGAUGAUUAUAAAAGAGAUGAUAAGAGAGGUUUUAAAUACAAUAAAGAUAGAGAUCAAACGAAUUAUGGUUUGGGAGAUAGAAAUCGAUCCAGAACUAAAUCUAGGUCACGCAGCAAUAGCCGAGACCGACGCCGUUCUAGAUCCAGCUCAUCAGUCAGAUCUACUCGCUCAAUAUCAAGAGAGCGUAUUGAUCAGUCAGAUAAAAUAUCUGUCAUAAAACAUGAUGUUAAGCAAAUAUCAGAUCAUGGGGAUACUGAUUAUAGACAAAAAUCAUUGUCAAGUGUAGCAAAGCCUCAAUUUAAAAAUACUGCUAAUUAUACCAGCAAAAUUACUAAAAGGUGCCAAGAUUAUGAUGAAAAAGGUUAUUGUAUGCGAGGAGAUUUUUGUCCAUUUGAUCAUGGAGACGACCCUAUAUCAGUUGAUGAUGUGUCUGUUUUAAAUGUAGGAGAUAGAGCCAAUUCAAAAUCUCCCUUACCACCACCAUUGCCACCACUUCCACCUUUACCGCCCUUACCACCACCGGGUUAUAUACCAGAGCCUUAUAAUCCUGAGGCUCCUGGUAUGAAUAUGGCACCUCGUGAGCAUAUACCUUAUUGGGCAACCCCACCUCCUCAUUUACCUCCUCCUCCGUUAAUCCCCCCUCCAGCACCUGGAAUGCCUAAUGUAAUUUUCAAUAUUAAUGAACCACCACCUUCGUUCCACAAUACCAAACAUCACAGGACUCGUGAACUUAUCGGAGUUCCGACUGUCGGAAAUAUCGAUUCACGCCUCGUCGUCAUUAAAGGCCGAAAUAGGAACGACGAUAAACCACUAGCAGAGAGUACUGAAAAUCUUUACACCCCUGUUGUUGAAAAGAAUAAAGUUAAUAAUUUCUCUCUUUCUGUUGCAGAGAGUGAGGAUAAAAAGAAGGGAUUCGAUUACAACAGAUUAGGCCCGAGUCCGAAAAAAGUUUCGAAGUUCAAUCCUACCCGUAAUACUUUGGAAGUAAGAAAAAUUCCCAAGCAUAUGAACUCUAUCGCUAUGUUAAAUAAUCAUUUUUCUAAGUUCGGAAGAAUCGUUAACUUGCAAGUGAACUUUGAAGGUGAUCCGGAAGCGGCAUUGAUUCAAUUUAUGACGCAUGGAGAAGCUAAUUCUGCAUAUAAGUGCACAGAUGCUGUGUUCAAUAAUAGAUUUAUUAAAGUAUUUUGGCACAAUAAUGAUAAAAUUAACAAAAUAUUGAGCGAUACUUCUAAUAAAAAUUUAGUGCAGUCAGGUUUAAAGAGUAAUGUCGAUAAAAAGAUAACGACCCCCAUGGAAGAUGCCUCUCAAAGUAGUGAUUUAUCGAAACUUAACGUCGAAAGGACAGAAAGAUCUGUUGUUUACUCUAAACCUAAUUUUACGAGAACCGUUUUCAACCCUGCAUCCAUGAAGAAGACGAACGUUCCUAGUUUAUCCUCUGCUUUAGCGAGAAAACCCAAAGAAGAACAACGUAAAGAUGCCCUACAAAAGCGUUUAGAUCUCCACAAGAAAAAGCAAGAACUUUUAAAUUCACAAAUUGAAAACCAGAAAAACAUAUUAGAAAAGUUGGGCAAAUGCAAGUCUGAUAAGGAACGGGAUUUGUUAAAGAAAAUGAUGCAGGCUCUUAAUGAGAAAGUGUCUAGCUUACAAAAUGAAGUAAAAAAGGACUCUGAAGAGUUGAAAACUCUCAUUAAAACUGCGAAUCCAAAAUCACCGAUUUCAAAAACUGAAGCAGAAAAAGAGCUAUUAGAUGCCGAGAUGGAUUUAUACAAUAAACAGCAUGCUGGCGAUGAUACUGCUGAUUUACUAUCUAGAGUUCUUGAAUUGAAACAAAAGGCUAAAGCAUUAGGCCUAAUCGAUAACUCGCCUCUCGGACAGGCUAAAUCGGCGGUCAGACGUGGAAGAGGCCGUUUCAUGUCCCGAGGUCUAUAUAGUAAUAUUAAUUCACGUACUAUUGAUCGACGUAAAAGUUUGUCUCUUAUUAAUAAAGAAGAAUUAACUAAAUCAGCAGUACCUGUGACUGAAGUUGUUAAAAUGGAUGAGCCCGAUUCUAGUUUUAACGAUGCUCUUGAUCUUCUUGAUGAAGCUGCUCUGGAUGUUGAGCCAGAUGAUGAGGAAGAAGAAGACAGUGAAGCGCGCUCUUGGAGACGGUGAUUAUUUUCUGUAACAGAACUUCUGUUUGACAGUUGGCUAAAGAUUAUAUAUAGAAUUCAAUUGACUUUAAAUCUUAUUAGUAUGGUAUCUCCGAUAUUGUGUGUGUUUUUGAAUUGUUCUAAUUUUUUGUUGAUAAUUUUGUAAAAAUGAAAAUUCCUAUAGUCACUUGUGCGGAAUAUUUGAAUAAAUAUUUUAUUUCUCA